UUCUGUCUGUUUCUCUUUGUGUGUGCAUCAGCGUACGAUUUUGUGAAAAAAAUUUGUCUACAAAGGAAUUUUAGUGGAUAAUUUGUUUAAAUAAUUUGUUGGCUUCAAGCCUUUCAGUAAAACUAUAAAGAAAAUCUGGUAUUUUCUUGAUUUAUAACAAAAUAUUUUGAGUUAUAUAGACUUUUUGAGACUAAAAAAAAUUAUUGUGAAAAAAAUUGUUGAACAAGCAUCAACAUGUCUAACAUUGUGCUAGAUAAGGAGACAUUUUUGCGUCGAAUAAAACGUCUUUAUGACGAAUGGAAUUCCCCCACUAUAAGCCAUGAUGAUGCACUCAAAAACGUGGAUUGUAUUAUGUCGGUGGUGGGUGUGGACGAAGACAUAGUAUAUUCAAAAUCCACAGCUUUGCAAACCUGGCUUUUAGGCUAUGAACUUACCGACACCAUAUCAAUAUUUGCUGCAGAUGGUGUUUACUUUCUAACUGGCAAAAAGAAAAUUGAAUUUCUUAAACAAAUUGAAAAUUGUAAAAUUGAGGGAGUUCCGGAAAUUAAGCUGCUGACCAGAGAUAGAAAUGAUAAGGAUAAGGCAAAUUUUGUUAAGCUCAAGGAAUUUAUGAAAUCAUCGAAGGGAGGCAAGAAAUUGGGUGUUUUUAGUAAAGAUGGUUUUCCCGGUGAGUUUUGUGAGUCUUGGAAAUCUUCGUUGAAAUCGGAAUCAUUCGAAAAUGUCGACUUAAGUGGAGCCAUAGCGUACAUAAUGUGUCCAAAAGAUGAACCGGAAAUUAAUAAUAUACGCAAAGCUUCCUUAGUGUCAGUGGAUCUCUUUAACAAGUACUUAAAGGAUCAAAUUAUGGAUAUUAUAGAUUCAGAUAAGAAAGUCAAACACGCCAAAUUAUCAGAAGGCGUUGAAUCAGCCUUAACAGAUAAGAAAUAUGUAACAGGUGUUGAUUCCUCUUUGUUGGAAAUGUGUUAUCCGCCCAUUAUUCAAUCGGGCGGCACAUACAGUUUAAAAUUUUCCGCCUUAAGUGAUAAGAAUCAUUUACAUUUUGGCGCCAUUGUUUGUUCAUUGGGUGCCCGUUAUAAAUCCUACUGUUCAAAUAUAUCACGUACAUUUUUGGUCAAUCCCACCGAAGAAAUGCAAGAAAACUAUAAUUUCUUGGUCAAUGUACAAGAGGAGAUAUUGAAAAUGCUCAAGCCAGGAGCAAAAUUAAGUGAAAUUUAUCAGCAUGCAGCCAGCUAUGUGAAAAAAGAGAAACCCAAACUGUUGGACAGUGUUACGAAAAACUUUGGUUUUGCCAUGGGCAUAGAAUUUCGUGAGAACUCGAUUAUUAUCGGACCCAAAUGUCAGGCUGAAGUUAAAAAGAAUAUGGUUUUCAAUGUCAAUAUAGGCAUAUCCAAUCUUACUAAUACAGAAGCCAGCGAAAAGGAGGCUAAAACCUAUGCCCUGUUCAUAGGUGAUACCGUGUUGGUGGGUGAUCAGGCACCAGCCAAUAUCAUGACACCUUCAAAGAAAAAAAUCAAAAAUAUUGGUAUUUUCAUUAAGGAUGACAGUGAAGAAGAGGAUGCCGAUGAAAAGGAGGAAGUAAAAGAGGAUAAAGGCACUGAAAUUUUAGGCAGAAGUAAGCGUAAUGCCGUUCUAGAAAAUAAAUUGCGUACCGAAACCAAUACAGAAGAGAAGCGUAAACAGCAUCAGAAAGAGUUGGCUCAAUUACUCAAUGAAAAAGCCAAGGAACGUUUAUCGAAACAGGGUGAUUCCAAGGAAGUGGAAAAGGUGCGUAAAAAUACUGCCUCCUAUAAAUCGAUGAGCCAAAUGCCUCGUGAACCUGAGGUAAAAGAUUUGAAAUUGUACGUAGACAAGAAAUACGAGUCUGUUAUUAUGCCCAUCUUUGGCAUACCCGUGCCCUUCCACAUUUCUACCAUUAAAAAUAUUUCACAAUCUGUGGAAGGUGAAUACACAUACUUACGUAUUAAUUUCUUUCAUCCCGGCGCCACCAUGGGUCGCAAUGAGGGUGGCAUCUAUCCGAAUCCAGAUGCAACUUUUGUAAAAGAAGUCACUUAUCGCAGCUCUAAUGUUAAAGAUCAUGGUGAGGUUGUGGCCCCCUCAUCAAAUCUUAACAACGCUUUCCGUCUCAUCAAGGAUGUGCAAAAACGUUUCAAAACUCGCGAAGCCGAGGAACGCGAGAAAGAGGAUCUUGUCAAACAAGACACUUUAGUACUAUCGCAAAACAAGGGUAAUCCCAAGCUCAAGGAUUUGUAUAUACGUCCAAAUAUUGUCACCAAACGUAUGACUGGCAGUUUGGAGGCCCACACCAAUGGCUUCCGCUACAUAUCCGUGCGUGGUGAUAAGGUUGACAUUCUGUACAACAACAUUAAAAGCGCCUUCUUUCAACCUUGUGACAACGAAAUGAUUAUUUUGUUACAUUUUCAUCUAAAACAUGCCAUCAUGUUUGGCAAAAAGAAACAUGUCGAUGUACAGUUCUACACAGAGGUUGGUGAAAUCACCACCGAUUUGGGUAAACAUCAGCACAUGCACGAUCGCGAUGAUUUGGCUGCCGAGCAAGCGGAACGUGAGCUGAGGCACAAAUUGAAGACAGCAUUUAAGAGUUUUUGCGAGAAAGUUGAAUCGAUGACUAAACAACAGGUAGAAUUCGAUACACCAUUCCGUGAACUGGGCUUCCCUGGUGCCCCCUUCCGUAGUACGGUUACCCUACAGCCUACCUCGGGCAGUUUGGUAAAUCUUACCGAAUGGCCACCAUUUGUCAUCACCCUGGAUGAUGUGGAAUUGGUGCAUUUUGAGCGUGUACAAUUCCAUUUGAGAAAUUUUGAUAUGAUUUUUGUAUUCAAAGAUUAUAUCCGUAAAGUGGCCAUGGUUAAUGCUAUACCUAUGAAUCUACUGGAUCAUGUUAAGGAAUGGUUGAACUCUUGUGAUAUACGUUAUACCGAGGGUAUACAGUCCCUGAAUUGGGCCAAGAUUAUGAAAACCAUUACCGAUGAUCCUGAGGGCUUCUUCGAGCAGGGCGGUUGGUCUUUCUUAGAUCCCGAAUCUGGCAGUGAGGGCGAAGCUGAAGAGGCCGAGUCUGAAGAAGAUGAGGUUUAUGAACCCACUGAUUUAGAAUCCGAUUUUGAAUCUGAUGAAGAUUCCGAAUACUCGGAAGCAUCAGAAGAUGAAAGUGGCGAAGACAGUGAUGAACUUGGUUCUGAUGAAGAAUCUGGCAAAGACUGGUCCGAUUUGGAACGUGAGGCUGCCGAAGAAGAUCGUCAUAAUGAAUACAGCGGCCCUGAUCCAAAAUCAAAUGGCAAAACUCAUUCUAAACAUUCUAAAAGUUCGAAACACAGUCGCAGAGAUCGAGCGAUGCAAGAACAAAAUCAUAAGAAACAUAGAUCCUCAACACAUACUUCGUCUUCAGCACAUGCAACCAUAAAGAAAUCUUCAAAACACACGAACUCUAGUUCCGCCUCAGCACAUAGCCCAACAAAAUCGUCACACAAAGACAAACAUCACGAUCGUAGUCGUGAUAAACAUCAUUCCUCUUCGCACAAGGAUAAGGACAAGGAUCGCGAUAAGAGUCGUCAUCAUCACAGCAGCAGCCACAGUAGCAGUAGUCACAAACGUUCUCGGGAUGACAGUCGAGACGGUGGUCAUCAUAAAUCGAAAAAAUCACGUCACUAAUUUUUUCCUCAUUUCUAUGUAAUUUUUAUUCACUAAUAGCCCCUCACUCCCCCUUUCAUCGUUUAAUUGUAAAUCUAUUCUGUCAGUUUUAAUGAAUUAAUAUAAACUUUUUAAGUUUUGUCUAUGUUUUCUUCUAUACGAUUUAUUCUUUAUUUUGUUUAAAUAUACAAAAUAUUUAUACGACUUUUUUUUUUUGAUAAUAAGGAAUAUGAUUAUUUUUCAAAAAGUUUAUUUCUUGUUAAAAGUAAUAAUAAGGCAUUUUAAUUCUUUGUUAAUUGAUUAUUUUUCUAUUAAUAUACUACUCUCUUAAUUUCUGUCAUCCUUAAGAACAUUUCUUCUUUUUUUCUAAGAACAUUUUAUGAUUACAAAAGAACAAAAACAUACAAUAAAAAAAGAGAAAAUUUAUAAAAAAAUCCAAAAACAA